CCGACUGCUGGUAUAAGUCCACUGUUUUAUUUAUCAGGAAUUGAAUCGAAUCAUACAGCAGGAAUGGAUAAUUUGGCAUUUGAAGGGGGUCUUAAAAAUGGAGAGGACGGUAUUUUCUUCACUGCUAAAUCAAAAUCGGCAUUGGAAGCUAAAGCCAUGGAUAAAGACGAGGCCAUACAGAAUGGUGUCCUAUUGGAAUCACCCGUCAGUGCUGGUGGCGAGAUAACGAAUGGUGAAACUAAAAGGAUGUCUGUACGAGAGAGCUUGAGGCAGGCGGCAUACAGAUCUAAAUUUAUUCAGAGCCUCUCGGUUUCUUUUGCUUUCUGGUGUUUAGGUUUUCAAAUUGGUCAGAGGGGUCCAUCAUUCUUGGAUAUCCAACUAAUAACUAACACCAAUGUGGAGAAAGCUUCCACGUUUUUUACUGCUGGUUCUGUAGGUUAUCUGUGUGGUUCCUUUAUCAGUGGUGUGCUGUAUGACAGGUUUAACAAGACCCUUCUAAUGGGAUUGCUACUGGUAUUCUUGGCAGCUACAGCCGCGGUACUUCCCCUGUGUUCUCCAUAUGGACUGAUGCUGGUAAUAUUCUGGGCUAAUUCAUGUGUCAUGGGCGGCAUGGAUACAGCUGGUAACGCCCAUCUGGUUUCAAUAUGGGGAGAAGAAGAGGGGAGACCAUACAUGCAGGCCGCUCACUUUGCAUUCGCUUUCGGAGGAGUUAUCUCCCCUUUAGUAACAGCCCCUUUCCUUGUACCGAACACUGAAGAGAGAUCAACCAACUCCUCGUCAACAACAUUUACAGAAGUAACGACCAUGCCUUCUACUGUUGUACUGAAUACAACGCUAUUAGAUUAUAACAUCACCAAUGAUAACUCAACUAUAGGAAACAAUAUCACCACCAUUGCUGAACCUAUUGAAACUAAAUUAAUCUAUGCUUAUAUAAUAUCUGGUAUUGUCACCUUACUAUCCGCCAUUCCUUUCAUGGUGAUAUAUUGUCGUUACAAGUCACAGAAGAUGAAGAGGAAUCAGCCCAAGAAGAAGGAGGAAGACGGACUACCAAGAGACCUUCCUUGGAAAUACUAUAUUCUGACCAUUGUUCUCUUAAAUUUGCUCUACCUUACCUACUGUGCUGUGGAGGACACAUUUGCCGCGUAUUUACUCACAUUUGUGGUAAUGGAACUGAAAUGGAGUAAGGCGAAAGGUACCCAGGUUACAUCUAUGUAUUGGGCGGCUUUUGCCGUCUCGAGAUUUGCAGGAAUUUUUGUCAUACGUUGUUUACGACCGGUUGUAAUGUUGUUUAUAUGUUUAGCAAGUUUAUUAAUAAGCUUCACUGGUUUUCUACUUUGUUCGCAUUAUCAAAUCCACAUAGGAAUUUGGGUUUUCGCCAUUUGUAUCGGGCUUUCAAUGUCUGUUAUAUUUCCAACCGGGUUUACCUGGGCACAAGAAAAUCUUCUCAACGUAAAUGGUAAAGUCACAUCGAUUAUAGUAAUAGGUGCUUCAGCCGGCACCAUGAUCAAUCCUAUUAUUAUGGGAUAUUUGAUGGAAGAGUUAACUCCCAUGUGGUACUGUUAUCUAUUAGUCGGUGAAAGUGUUUUAUGUUUGGCAAUAUUUCUCGUUCUGUUAUUUGUGGCUAAGUUUGUUUUAGUAAAUAAACGCACUGUUAAAACUGUUACAACAGAAGUUGCGUCACCGCAAGCAGAAUCUAUUAACAAUGACUCACCCUUUAUACUAAAAUAAUAUAUCAUCUGAACUAUGAAAUUAAGUAUUAAAAUUAUUUUAUUCAUUGUUUGGUUAUGAAUUUAUAAACCGAAAAUCCUUAUUAGGUAUAUUUAUCAAGGAACCUGUUUGUACCAUAUAAAAAUAUUGCCAAGGUCAAAGAUAUCCAUUCAUGUUCGUCUGUAUGUUGGUGACACUACAUCAAGAAGGUUACACUUGUUUAAAAUCCUGCCGCUAUUAAUCAUGGAGAAGAUGAAGACGUUGAGACCUUUUUUAUUCUGUUUAAAUAUCAACUGAUCAAUUGUUCUAGUAACCCGACUGAACAUGACAUACUGACCCAUUUAUCUCCAUGAGUAGCGGUGUAGAUGCAAUCUAAUGUAUUGUUCUAGUAAAUACUGAACCAUUUAUCUCAAGGGUUAGCCGUGUGUUUAAGUGUUUAAUUAAGAUGCUAUCUUAUUAUUCUAGUAACCUGGACUGGACAUGACAUGCUGAACCCUUCAUCUCCACGAGUAGCCGUUUGUUUAAAUA